AUGCGCCCUGGUGCUGCGCCUUCAGGCAUAGAUGUUUUGGAAGGCUGUCUUUCUUCUGGGGCAGCUUCCAUAAGCAUCCAUCCAUAUGCCGAGCAAGGUAGGCGACUGCAACUGGAUACGGGACCGUCUCUGACAUGUACUGCAGGCAACCCCGCCGCCGGUGUGAUACGUCGGAGGCCGCUUCAGAGAGACGUACAAAGCAAAAGAGUGCUCUCGGCUGCGCGAGGACUAUACAAGGCGUGCAAAGAGUCUCACAAGCUCUGCCGCUAUGCCCGAGACACAGUCCUUCCCUCCCGGGUUCUCGACCUCGGUACAACCGAGGCCCCGACCCUGAGGCUCUACGUAAACAACACCGAGGAGCAUGGGGAGUACGUCGCACUCAGCUACUGUUGGGGCGGGAACCAGCGAGGCCUCCUGAGAAAGAGAACGCUGAGCAACAUGGAGAAUGGGAUCAGGCUCGAAAACCUGCAGUUGACUGUGCGAGACGCAAUCGAGGCGACGAGGAAGCUGGUGUUCAGGUAUCUCUGGGUCGACGCGCUGUGCAUCAUCCAGGACUGCGAUAUGGACAAGGAUAAGGAGAUUGCGAAGAUGGCCAUGAUUUACAAGAACGCCGCCGUGACCAUCGCCGCCGGGACAGCGAAAAGGGCGACAGACGGGUUUCUUCACAUGAAGCGCACGUACCUGCCGAAGGACAAGUUCGACGUUCCGAUGCCCGGUGGGGGAAAGGGAACUGUGCAUCUCAGGUCCGAGGCGCACGUCCCGGAGCACGCACUGGACGAGCGAGGGUGGGUGCUGCAAGAGUUUCUCCUGUCGUCGAGGAUGCUCAUCUUCUCCGAGUACGAGCUACUGUGGCAGUGCAAGGAGGUGGAGUUGCGCGGUGUCUUGGGUACCGGCCUCGAGUAUCUGCAACCUCAAGAGAACCUCCCGUGGUCUGUUUUCGACGAGGAAACGGAGUCUAUAUUCGGGGACGAGGACCUGGAGAAGCGCUAUAUCUGGAGGACCAUCGUCGAGCAGUACACCCUCCGCCAGCUGGGCUUCAAAGACGACCGGCUGAGCGCGCUCAAGGGCAUCACGAGGGAGCUGGAGACGCUGUGGCGGGACAGCAACCGGUUCGGGUUGUGGACGAAGUGGUUCGUCGAGCUGCUUGCCUGGUCAAAGAGGGGCUGCGACGGAGACGACGAGACAAGGGAGACAUCACGCGAGGGCAGGGCGCCGACCUGGUCUUGGGCCUCGGUGAACGGGAGGGUCCGGUUCACGCAAAUGUUUGAGAGGGAAGAUGCCGUCUUUCAGCAAGUGACUUUGCUGGAGGCGCGGGUGUCGAGGCGUGUCGUCCUCAAGUGCAGGAUCGUUGCUGAGGACCAGGUCGACGCUGCAAUUUUUGAGGACGACGAAAGUGGCAAAGCUCGGGUAGAGAUGUGCUACGACAUGGAUGACAGUAUAGACGAGGUGGGAAAUAGGUCUUUGAGUUUUCUGCUUUUGGGGACCAUCAGAGAAGAUGGGAGACGUUUGGGCGUUGCAAUCAUGGUUGUUGAAGUUCUGGGAGGUUUGUUCCAAAGGGUCGGGCUGGCAGUUUUCGAGAACACCAAUAUCUGGAAUGACAGUCAGUAUCGGAGCAUCACACUUCAGUAG